AUGGGGUCCGGCGUCUCGCAACUAGAGGAAGAUGAAGACAUUGUGGAGGAAUUAGAUCGACCUAAAAAGAAACAGGAACCUAAGAAUAAAACCAAACGAAAAAAUAGAAAAGGCAAUCAGAAUCCUAGCACUGAAGUUCCCAAGACAACAAAGGAUGAAUUUCUAGCGAAAGUAGACUUCAAGUAUAUUGACGAUCACGCCUUUAAGGCUCCUCAUGAACUUCUGUACAUGUCCUUCGUGGAGCUGGCGGACUAUCUGACAGACGAGGGUGCCUGGGAGGACGACCUAGUCAAGGUCAGAUCAGUGUUCCGUUGGAUUACGUCAUAUAACUUGAAGAAGAUGCAGAUUGACCCUAACCCUCCUAAGGAUACGGUCCUGGAGUACCUCAGCAAGAUCCAGUGCAACAUCGGAAACCAUGCCAACCUCUUCUACAUACUUUGUCAGAUGGUGGACGUACCAUGUGUCAUAGUGGACGGGAUAACGAAGAGUUCUGCCUACAAAAUCGGAGAACCAAUAAAUAAAAAAGCCAUCAAAGCCCAAUGGAAUGCCGUGUACAUUAAAGACGAAUGGCGCCUGCUUGACGUGUACUGGGCGACUACCUGUGUUGAAAUCAACAGCGGAGACUCUCCGGGGAUAGUGCAAGUCAAGAAGUACGCCAAGAAAAAGGUGGAUAAAAGAAUUAAGAUGGAGCACAAGGAGCCUGUGGAUGAGUGUUACUUCUUCACGGACCCCUACCACCUGGUAUGGACACACUUACCCGAUGACGAGCAAUGGCAGUUGCUGCCCCAUCCUCUUAAAUGUGCAGAGUUUGAGAAACUCGUUUAUGUACGAGAGCGCAUGCAUGAACUUGAAAUAGACUUUCCCGCCAAAAGGAAUCGACGAGUGAACGUAUUUUUGAAACAAGGUGUUGGACACAUUGAACUGGAACUUCCUCCAAAACGAAGUAAGUUUUUGCGAUUCAAAUUCGCGUUUUACAGAUCCAGAGGGUCAAUGGACGAUGACAAGGACAUUGAUGUUAUGCUUAAUAAUUGUGUCAAGAUGAAGCAGACGGGGACACACUUGUUAUUUGACUUUGACGUUCCGGUAUGUGGAAUUUUCAACUUUGAAAUAUAUGGAAAGGACGCUAACCAUCCAGAUUUACAAGAAUUUGACCUCAUGUGUACAUACAGCAUCAGAGCACCUGCUCCAGAAAGGAAACCACUUCCAUUACCGGACAAUCCGGAGAUUGGUUGGGGUCCAAACAUGACGACGCUCAAAAGUGGAAUAAAACCAACCACUCACAAAAAGUCGAAGAUCAUCACUGACGAUGGUGUACUGGAAAUAAAGAUUCAAGCUCCAAAAGAGUCCAAUUUAACAAUGGAGAUAAGGUCUGGAGUAGUUGAUGAUGCUGCAAUUACAAAAUACGCCAUAUUAAGAUGGGAAGAUGGGCACUACAUCAUAAAUACGAGGCUUCCUAGAGCUGGACAUUAUAUUAUGAAAAUAAAUGCAUGCAACCCAAAAAAGGAAAAGAAAGAUGUUGAAAAUGUGUUAAAUUAUAUCAUUAAACAUAACGGGAAAGAAGAGAUUGAUAACCCAUAUCCACACAUUGAGAACGGUGUCAUAGGACCAACGGAGAGUGCUGAAAAUCUGGGUGUUCGUGCUGUGUUCUCUGAACACAUCAUCAAAACCAAGAAAGGCAAAACAGUGGUAGAAAUAGAAGCCGACGAAGAGAGCAAAAUCAUGCAUGAAAUCGACUGCACAAACGAGGAUGGUAGGAAUACAAUUGUGGCUAAUGUGUCUCAGGAGGGUCGUAUCCACACUUACAGUUUGGAUUUACCUGUUGCUGGUGAAUACUCACUUAAUAUCUAUAAAAAGCAGGAAUCUGGUGUGACCCCUCUGUAUGCAUUUUUAAUUAUCUCCUCGGGAAAACUAAAGAAAACCCCUGGAAACAAAAGUGAAAGAACCAAAUCGCGAGGUUCAUUGUCGAACAAGUCAAUUUCUGCAUCUAUAGAUUAUUCAAAUGCUCCUGUUGCUAAUAAAUCAAACACACCAAGACUGAUCACCAAAACUCUUCGAACAAAAGAAGUUGAGUUAUAUGUUCCGGCGCCAGAUGACGCCAACAAUGUAAUCGCAAUUUUGGCACCAAAGGAAACGCCCAACGAUACAAUUAACGUAACAGCCCUCCGUAAAGACGGUAGUAACUGGUAUAACGUGCCGCUGACGUCAGUAGGAGAGUACAACUUCGACGUCAUGUCACAGAACCCUGACUGUUCCAUCACCUACAUCGCCAAAUACAGGAUCCGCCGGCUAGAUAUCAAUUCGUCAGAGGCCAACCAACCAGAGCAGCCGUCUUUUGACCCGGAUGCACACUUCAAGUUACGAGCAAAGAAGAAAGAAGAAAUAACACUGAAUCUAGAGGACGCCAUUGAAUCGAAAAAUGUCGGAAGAAUUGAGGGGGCAAUGAUUACCUACGCCGGGAAUGUGAGCAAUAAUAACCAAGAUCGGCUAAUGGAGAACGCUGAAAACACACUGAAGGCGUUGUCUGUUCGCCAAGAUUUACUGAGUGCCUACGAAAAAAGACACAUCCCGACACUAGAGCGCAUGCUAAACAGGGCGAGAGCCAACAAUUUCAACAACAUCCUAGACUCGGAGAUAGUGCUGGCAAACCGUCUGUUAGAACGACUUAACAAUCUGAAGAACUUGAGAAAGGAGGUGAUGAUGACGGAUUCAAAAGCCUUAACGGAACUAAAACGCUACGCUAAGCCACCGGCGGGCGUUCAUGAAGUCAUGUCCUGUACUCUGUUGCUGCUGGGGCAUCGACCAUGGGAUAUUGACACGUGGCCAAAAUGCAGGGCAAUUAUCAGUCGAACUGGAAAAGAUUCCAUCAAAUUCAAAAUGGCCGACUUUGACCCACGUGACGUUCCACUAGAUGUCGCCUUGGAUGGUAGAGACCUGAUAGAGCCGUAUACAGAGAAGCAGAUUCAUGACGUCAGUCCCACAGCUGCAGCCUUUCACUACUGGGGAACUCGACAGUUAAAGGAGGCAGAAUCUACAGCAUUGUCUCUGGGUGGAAAGAACUUUGCACCUGACGAGGCACAGGAACUCGAGACUAUCGCCGAGAGCGAGAACUCGGAAACCAACAGUAACGAAGUUCUUCCGCUGACAGAGGAUAACCUCAAUGAAUUCGACAAAUCUUCCAAACAGAACGGACACGUCCAGUUCGAUACUCCUCCAAAAACAAAUGGUCACGGUCCGCCUCCUACAUUAUAUAACCUUAGCGACACACAUUCACAUAAACCAAGCACGGGGUCACGCCCACUGUCUGAUAAAACCGCCAUGUCUAAUGGAUACUCCAGAACAUCGCCCCUCCCCCCAAUCACGCCUCGGGGAACCCAUACCAACGGUUCUACAACUCCUUCAUCGCUCACGCCACGAGGAAGAAAAAUAUUUGAAUAUCGAACUUCCAGAAGAGAUGGUUUCAAAAAUCGGAGAAAACUCGGAAUAAUUCCGGACUGGAAAGGAUAA